AUGGGCAGCUGCUGCUGCUGCUGCCAUGCUUCCAGGACUGUAGAACUCAACCCUUCACCACCAUUCUAUCAUUAUCCAAGAGUGUCAGAGGUGCAUGAACCACUGUCAUCUCACCAUGAAACAGUUUCUGCUCUCUCUACAGGGCUUUUGGUUGAUACCAAUCUAGAUACCUCUGUCCUGGACACUUAUAGGCCGCCUCCUGCACCAAUACCUUAUGAUACACAUGUAGCACGCCCUCGUACUCUAUCACGGGAUCGAGAAAGUUCUGGAAGCAAGAGCGAGCCGGCUGUGGAGACCACAAAUACAGAAUCUGUUGAGGAAACUAACUCUGGCAGCACUUUGGACACAAAAGUCAAAAGUUCAGACUCUGACGAGAAGGUGCAAUUUAGUAUUGAACUGAAAGAGUCAGAAGAAGUAAAAAAUGAAGACGAUCUUAAGAAGUCCAGUGAACGUCUCGUUUCAUCUCCACUGGAUGAGGAGGAUGUUUGUCCCAUCUGUCUUGAAGAAUAUGAUGCAGAGAAUCCAAAACUCAUCACAAAAUGUGAUCAUCAUUUUCACCUUGCUUGUAUUCUCGAGUGGAUGGAAAGAAGUGAUACUUGUCCCAUGUGUGAUCAGGAAACAGUAUUCAGACCUCCUAUUGAUGUGUAG